CCCAAAUCCAUUCUCUCACUCUCUCCUCCGAUCUCGCAAUCGUUGUUUUUUCAAUCAUUCACAAAUCCUUGUUCCCCAAUCAAUCAUGCCCAGUGUUUAUUUGUUUCGUAUACGUAAGCUGUGCUUAGUGCUCUUCAAUAAAACUCUUAUUUAUUGAUAAAAAAACCUUUCACAUUUCAAUCAUUUUUUUUUUUCUCUCGUAUAAAUUUCGUUGAUUAUUUUAUUGUGAUUAGCCACUAAGAUCGCUGUUGCUAUUAAAGCUGUCAUUUUUUAUGCUGCUUUGGUUUUGGGUUUGUGCGUAUUGAAGACAAGUCCUUGAACUUCGUUGUCUUAAAAGCACUUCCGUCGUUUCAUUGUGUUUUAUUACAGAAUUGGAGGUGCAAACGCCAACAAAAAUCAAAGCGUUUAUUUUAAAAGUUGUGGGUAUUUUUUUUUUGUAAUCCAUUUGUGGAUGUUGGUUGUGUGCUUUGUGGGUGUUUCUGAAUUUGGAUUCAAUGCUGUUGUUUGAGGCGAAGGGGCGGAAUGGAGACACUUGUAAUUUAAGCUAAUGAGUUGUGACUGUUUCUUUGCUUCUUGGGUUUUGCUUCGAAGAGAAAACAGAAACAUUCUCGGGGUUAUGAUUGAGGACUAUCAGAGUAUCGUUGAUUUUGGUUUUCUGGACAUUGGCUAUUUUGCUCUCUUUAGUUUUUGGAAUGAGGAAUGAGGGCCAGAAACAACAGCAGGGUGGUGUGCCAAAGCCAGGGCGGCCCAACAGCUUUAUGCCGAGCUCUUUUCGUGCCAUUUCCAGCUACCUGAGGAUCGUGUCAUCGGGAGCAUCGACAGUGGCGCGCUCUGCGGCCUCGGCGGCGUCAUCAAUUGUGGAUAGGGAUCAUGAUGCCAACCAUGAUCAGGUGAACUGGGCCGGGUUUGACAAGUUAGAGGAUGAAGGAGAUGUCAUUCGGCACGUUCUCCUGCUGGCUUACUGGUCUGGUUUCCAGGUUUGGGAUGUUGGAGAUGCAGAUAAUGUCCGAGGCCUAGUUUCCAGACAUGACGGUCCGGUUUCAUUUAUGCAAAUGCUCCCAAAACCAAUCACAAAAAAGAAGUUGCAGGGCAAGUUUGCAGACAGCCACCCACUACUGGUAGUUUGUACUGAUGGGUCCCUUUAUACAGGUAGUAGCAUUCAGGAUGGUGUAGUCACUCCUUCGAAUAGGAACAUCCCAAAUGGCCUGGAUCCAGUGGAUUGCAGUUUUUUGCCUACUGCUGUUCAGUUUUAUUCCUUUAAAUCUCAAUCUUAUGUUCAUGUGCUAAAGUUCAGGUCAGUUGUUUACUCUGUACGGUGCAGUUCCCGAGUUGUCGCUAUUGCUCAAGCAGCUCAGAUAAACUGCUUUGAGACCGAAACUCUAGAGAGGGAAUAUACCAUUCUUACGAACCCUAUAGUUUCGGUGUUCCCUGGUUCUGGUGGCAUAGGUUAUGGACCCCUUGCUGUGGGUUCCCGAUGGCUUGCUUAUAGUGGAAGUCCGGUUAUAGUGUCAAAUUCAGGUCAUGUCAGUCCACAACAUUUAAUGCAUUCUGCAAGCUUUCCUGAUUUCCCUUCAAAUGGGAGUAUGGUGGCUCACUAUGCAAAAGAAUCAAGCAAGCAACUUGCUGCUGGGAUUUUGACCCUUGGAGACAUGGGAUAUAAGAAGUUGUCCAGGUACUGCUCUGAGCUUCUGCCUGAUAGUAAUACUUCAAUGCAAUCAGGGAAUCCUGCCUCGAAAAGCAAUGGGACUGUUAAUAUCCAAUUAACAGAUGCAGAAAAUGCCGGAAUGGUCAUUGUCAGAGAUAUUGUCAGCAAAGUUGUGAUUGCCCAGUUCAGGGCACACCAGAGUCAUAUUUCAGCAUUAUGCUUUGACCUUAGUGGCACCCUUUUAGUUACCGCAUCGGUCCAGGGGCACAACAUAAAUGUUUUCAAAAUAAUGCCUGAACUCCACAGAAGCUCUUCUACAUCUGCUGCAGGUGCAUCUCAUGUACAUCUUUACAGGCUGCAACGCGGUUUCACAAAUGCAGUCAUACAGGAUAUCAGUUUCAGUGACGACAGUAACUGGAUUAUGAUCAGUUCAUCAAGGGGGACUAGCCAUCUGUUUGUUAUUAAUCCUGUUGGAGGAUCAGUAAAAUUUCAGUCUGCUGAUGUUAGUCCUACUACCAGGAAUAGAAAUUUGACUAAGCCAUCGGUUAGUUGGCCACCUAAUCAACAGAGCCUUUGUGCAGCUGGUCCUCCAGUUACACUUUCUGUUGUCAGUAGGAUAAGGAACGGAAAUAAUGGAUGGAGAGGAACAGUAAGUGGUGCAGCAGCAGCUGCAACAGGCAGGAAGAGUUUUCUUUCUGGCGCUAUUGCUUCUUCUUUCCACAAUUGCGGAGGCAAUGCUUUAUAUGUGGAUUGCAGCUCUUCAAAGGCAACAUACCACUUCAUGGUAUUUUUUCCAUCCAGUUGUUUGACACAAUAUAUGUUGCAAACAUCAACUUGUCUUGGUCCAAUGGCUGUUGUGCCUGGAUUAAGCAGUUCUGCUGAGUCAGCUCCAGAAUGUGAUGCAAGAUUAGUCAUUGAGGCUGUCCAGAAAUGGAAUAUAUGUCUGGAACAGAACCAAAAAGAGAGAGAAGAUAAUACUGACAUAUUUGGUGAGAAUCGAAAUUCAGACGGCACUAGAAUAUAUUUUAAAGGAGUGAGGAAGGGAAAUAGCAUUUAUCCUGAAGCCAGGGAUAUAUUUACAAAAGCAAAGACCAGUUCUGAGGAGAAACAUCAUUUUUAUAUAUCAGAAGCUGAACUGCAGAUGCAUGAACCUCGAGCCCCGUUGUGGGCAAAACCUGAGAUAUACUUUCAGUCAAUGAUGGUGGAAGGCUCCAAAAUGGAUGAAGAAAAUGCUUCUGGGGGGGAAUUUGAAACAGAGAGGAUUCCAACUCACACAAUUGAAGCAAGGUGAAAAGGCUUGUUUCCAGCUUUUGAGUAUCUUCCAACUCCCAAAAUCCAGCAAACAAGUAAGCAGUCAUAUUGUCAUUUAUGAAGUACCAAUUUCCUUGUCAUACAGGAACCUUGCCCUGGACAGCAAUGUUAAUGGGUGAAUCCAGCAUCAGAGGUCUGGUCUGUUGGCGAAUGGUGGGCUUUCAUGCGGAAACAGUUCCAGCUCUCAUGAUUCUGUGACUGACAGUGAUGCUUCACUAGGAGAAUUUCACAAUGCCAUUGAAGAACUGAUUCAGAUGGUCCUUGGAUGCGGUAGAAACCAACAGCUUUGUAAAUAAUAA